ACAAACUGAAAGAAACAUUCUUGUUUAAUUGAAGUUCCCUAAAAAAUCGAAAAUUCUGAGAGGAUUAUGAAAUUACUGGAAUUUUAGUGACCCCUGAAAUUUUUAUACUACCACUGACAGUUGGAACACUGGGUAUGACCUGUGAGGAUGGUUUGAAAUGAAGCAUUGCAUCUGAAUGUUAAAGAUCUUUGUGUUUUGGAUCACGAUUUCCAUUGGUCAUGGUCUGGUGGUUUUAGUGUUUGAUUCGUUGCCUAGUGCCCCUAGUUUGUAGUUAAUUGACUGUUCAAGUUGUUAGUUUGCUGUCUUUGUAAUUGCCUAUCCGGGUAGCUGCAAGGGUAAUGUAGGUGCCUUGGUUGUGUCACUUCAGUCAGUUCAAGGGUUGUCCCAUUUGGAUUAUCUCAUGAUUGGAGUUACUUUAGCUCCCCGCCUUCAUCAGUUCAUUAGUGCCAGCUAAUGUCGAUCCAAACAUUAUUUGCUUGUUAUGGGAUGAAUCUCGUCUGUUUUCUUGUUUGACAAAAAAAACAGUACUAGGAUUUAUCAUAUCCAUGAAUAAUUAUUAUUUACCUUCAGCUGUAAUAGAUUGAUCAAGUGUAUCAACAAAAAAAAUCUCUUCUUGUAAAUAUUGACUGAUGAAUCUGUGAUAUAAUUUUCCUUGGCAACAACUCAUUUUUCCAACCCAGAUAUGUCUGUGCUGUCCCUUUCUAGUGUGAGGAAAACUCUAGUAUAUUCUGAAAAGAACUUGAAAUCAUGGAUCUGAUUAGAGUUGUUGUAGCCAGUAUGAACAAUGCACAUGAGCAAUCUGCAGGCAUGUAUGGCCACUUGAUCCUGUCCGCGGCGCGGCGCAUGGUCCUCAAUCAUGGAGCAGCCCCUGGGUACUGUGCCUCAGCACCCAUCAAGGGUCCAUCCAUCCAUCCAUGAUCACAUACUUAAGUAAUUUUGGUAGCCAUGGAGCAGGUGAAGAAGCAGAGAGGGAAGCUGCAGAAGGUCCUGAGGGAGCAGAAGGCCAGGCUCUACAUCAUCCGACGCUGCGUCGUCAUGCUUCUCUGCUGGAAUGACUGAUCAGAGAUCAAGGGAUCAUUUCAAACCUGUUUACUGAGUUUUUUUUCUUCUUUUUUUUUCACCUUGUCAUUCUGGCAGGGAGAGAAUCAAUGCAUGUAAUCACAUUGGUCAUUUUCCUAUGGAUUUUCCUUGUUUUCUUGCCUCUAGGAAGGCAAGGGUAACUUAACUACUCUUGUAAAGCUAGGAGAGUGUAAAUACAGACUGACAGUAUAUGGUUUCUAUCCUCAACUUGAUCUGUG